AUAACAAAUACAUAAAAAUGGAGCAAACCCCAACACCUCUCAAAACUCACUUGGCUAAGAUCCAGGCAUACUCUUCAAAAGGAGACUGGCUUGGCCUGAGUAAUUACUGCAAUGAAAAUGAAAUAGGCCAGUACAUCAGCCAAGAAAAGCCAUUACAGGACCUUCUUAUAAGGAUUAUGGAAACUCUACUUGAGGAUAACAUUAAUAGCGAAGCCAAAGACUGCUACGCGUUUGUCUUAUCUAUGCUGCUGUGUAAUCUAGAGCCUGACUCUCAGGAGAACAAGAAUGUCAUAGGCAAACUCUUCUUGCAAGCAUGAGGAUCAAGCCAGUUAGAACUCGUCAAACAGUUUUAGCGAUCAUGACACUGAGCUUAUUGAUACCAAGUUUAUAGAUUCUAAAGGAAGAGGCUGUUUUCGUUAUGCUGCAGACGGAAAUGGAGAUAAUUUUGAUGUAAUUGAGUAUAUGCUAAAUAACUUUGAACCUGAAGAUAAUGGGAUUAUUACAGAUGCGUUACUCUAUUUCUUGAAAAGGAAAGAUCUGAUAAAGAUUAAGGCCAAAUCAAUAAAAGAGUUUUUUAAAAGGAUUGACUUGCUAGAUCUUUGUCAAAAGGAUUAUUAUGGAAACACCAUUCUUCACUAUAUGGUUUUAAGCUGAGAUAAACUUACUAAUUGGAAAGAUGACAUUCUUACAAUUAUCAAGAGUGAUCCAAGCUUAUUUUUUAUGAAAAAUAACGAAGGAGGCUCUCCUAAAACUAUUGAUGCUCAGAGGAAUCUUGGAAUUGCAAAAUUACUUGAUCAAGAGAAUUUGAAAGAAAUCUCAAAUUUAGGAACAAAAGAUUCUCAAAGUAAACAAGAUGGACAGAUCCUAAAGGAGCCUUCUCCAAACAAAAAUAGUAACUCACAAAGUGAAGAUCCUUUCAUUGCUGAGGAGGUCAAAUCUCCUUCUAGAGCUGGUGAGAAAAAUUCAAACAAAAGAGACUCUCGGAAAUAAAAAGAAAGAUAAUCCAAAGGAAUCCUCUGCAGUAAAUACAAACACACAGACACCUAAUCAGCAAAAUAAGAAAGCUCAAGCAAAGAACCAAAAAGAAGGGAAAAAGGAGGUCCAGAAAGAAAAGAAACAAAAAAAUAAAAAGGACAAGCCCUCUCAGAACAUUCAAAAUACUCAAGCCGAGCCUAAUUAUAAAGAGAAGUUAAAAAAUACAAUUGAGUCAAAUCAUAAGAAAAACUUACAUAAAGAGAGAUUCAAUAGGGAGGAAAAUGCUGCUCACUAUCAACAUGUUCAGAAGCAGGACACUUUAGAAAAUUGUGAAAGUAAAGAAAAAUGAAAAGAGUUACUAGGAAUCCCUUCUCAAAAGACAGGGAGAUUCAGCAAGCCUACUUCCCCAAAUGUAGGGCUAGAUACAAACUAUCAAGAGCAUAAUAUGAAUCCUCAAACAAUGCCUGUCAACCAGAUAAUGGGACAGAUUCAGCAAAUGUCUCAAUAUCAAUUUGUAAAUCAAAACCACGCUCCUGGAAUGAUGCAAGGAAAUAUCAAUCCUCAGAACAUAUCAAUGUUCGGAAUGUAUCCAAAUAUGGCUCAAAAUCCAAUGCAGUUUAUGAUGAAUCAAAAUCUUCAUAAUGAAGUAGUAAACCCUCAUAUUGAAGGAAUGAUCAACACAAAUAAUACUCCUGUGCAGAAUCAUCAUAAUCAUAUGAAUUUUCAUACCGAAAGCCCUCCUCUUCAACAGCAUAUGAACAAUAGAGAUCAUUAUAAUAAUACUGGACAUAGAAUGAAUAAUAAUGAAAGAGGAGAUUGGAACUUCAACAAUAAGAAGCAAGACCACCAACAAUCAGUUCCUACUUUUAUCGUAGACGUGAGUACUCCCGAAAAGUUAGAUGAAUUCUUCCAUGAAAGAUGCAUUAAUGUUGCUAAGAGAAUUACUUUCCGUUCCAAUAAAGAAGAAAAGUUAAAGGACUUAAAUUGGACAAUAGCAGAGUUAGAACAAAAGUACCAAGCAGAAAAUCAGUAUACUGAAGCUGAAAUUGAAGAGGCUAGUAUUAAAUAUUUUGAAGAAAACCAUCAUAUUACCUCUGAUCAAACCAUUGAAAUGGUAAAUUAUGUGAAAAAUAUACUCGAACAAAAUCCUGAAGUAGACAUUGAUAAUGACAAUUAUCUCCAGGAAACUCUUUGUCAGAAUUUCAAUAAAAUCCUCUUGGACAAUGAAAUUGAUACGGAUCAAGAGUAUCAUGAAGACCCUAAAGAAGAGAUUCAAGACCCAAUAGUAACUCCAGAACACACUGGAACGAACAACCAAGAGUACUAUCAAGAAGGAUAUGUAAAUCAUGCUAAUUCAGGAUUUUAAAUAGUCUAAUUUUUCAAGAUGGUAAAUUCUCAAA